AACAGUGUAAAAUAUAUUUCUGUUGUUACUUCCAUAUCACAUAAUCAGUAGCCUGUUUUUUGUUGUAGCGUCUGCGAAAUUAAAUAUUUUGUGUCGAAAACAAGUUAGUAGACAAAAAAAUAACAAAGUUAAAUUGAAAUGUUUGGAUAGAUUAUGUAGAAAAAAGUUUGUAGUUUUGGAAGAGACCAAAUGGUUCAGGGAAGAUGUCGUCCUUGGAACAUAAGCAUAGCUGCUUUGAUUUGCUUAACAGUCUACAACGUUAUGCUGACAGUGAAACUUAUGUACACCCAAGAAUGUCCAAAGCAACAACGUAUUACUAUACAAAAAAUUCCACAUUUAGUCUAUCAGAAAUGCAACAAAAAUACUCAAUACAACCAGGAUGAUCCUUUUUCAACGUUGGACCUAGAGUUAGGCCGUUGGGACGACCAGCAUAAAUACAAACUGUUUGACAACAUUGUAGUAGGUGAUAAAUAUGUUGUCUUGAAUGAACUAUUCAAAACUUGCUUAGCUACACAAGGCUCACUAGAUAAACUCCCGUCUCUAAUAGAAGUCGCCAACAAUUGGAACGGUCCUAUAUCUUUGGCGACUUUCGCAGCUAGCGAAGAAGAAUUAAACGCUCUACUAUUCUACAUCUUAUACUUGAAAAAAUGUAACGAAAAAAUCAACGAUAAAGUCAGUUUCCAUUUAGCUCUAACGAAGGAAAGGCGGCCGAAGAAGUAUACAAUAGACGAAGAUAGAUUAAGAGAAGUUAAAUGUGAUAGUCCAGUAGAAGUACUACAACACCUAACCAAGAACUUGAAGAAGGGUUCUAAUCAGUGGAGAGCGAAGUUACCUUAUCCUCAAAACCACUUGAGGAAUUUAGCUAGAAAAAACUGUCAAGCUGGUUUUGUUUUUUUAACUGACGUGGAUAUUAUUCCUAGUAGCAAUAUGGCGGAGAGUUUGGACGUUUUUCUAGGGGAAGCUGAAUGCAAAGAGGGAGAGAAGAAAUGUGCUUAUGUUGUGCCAACAUAUGAAAUUGAUGAGAGAGUGGCGUUUCCUCACAACAAGACUGAUUUAGUAAGGAUGGCGAAUAAGGGAUUGGCUAGACCAUUUCAUCAUAAAGUUUUUAUUUAUAAUCAAUAUGCAACAAAUUUUACAAGGUGGCAAAGUACUAAAGACGAAACUAAUGAUGUACAUAUUAGUCAUCCAGUUACAAAUUUCGAAUUCCUUUAUGAACCUUUUUAUAUCGCACCCGAUAUAGUCCCACCACAUGACGAGAGAUUCAUAGGUUACGGAUAUACAAGAAAUAGUCAGGUUUAUGAAAUGUACGUCGCCGGCUAUGAAUUUCUGGUUCUAUCUCCAAUUUUUACUUGUCAUUGGGGUUUACAAGUGAAACGAUCCAGGCCAACGUGGCGGGAACACCAAAACAAUUUGAAUAGAAAACAUUUUGAAGCAUUCAAAAAAGAAGUUUUUGCUAGAUAUAAUAGAGAUCCUUUAAAUUUUAUGAAUACAAGAAAAAAUUGAAAACGUUGUAUUCAUUACUAAGGGACCAAAAUCACUGCUCAAGAAGCAAAAAAAUCCUUAGAAAUAACGGACAUUGUAAGGCAUUAGUUAUGUGUAGAAAUAGUACUGGAAAGUGUUAUGGAGAUGUCACGAAUUUAUUAGUUUUUUUUUUCAUUUGUAUGAAAUAGAAAUGUAUUAUUAGAAAAUAAAUGAAAAAAUAUCGUUAUCAAAAAAAGAAAA